CUUAAGGUCAUGGCCACUUUCUAUCUCUUGUUCAUUUCCGUUUCCGGGUAAAGGAUAUCACUAUUUGUUGCCGGGCACUCUCGCGCCUGUAAGCAUUGUAUCAGAUGAUGACGGAAACCACACGGUCUACUACCCAUGAAAGAUUCAGACUACUGGAUGGGAAUAUAAGAAUGCUUCGCAAUCGCUGAUGAAUCGCAUUGUCCGUCAUGAUCGAUCUCAAGGAUACCUCGUCUUACGCUUCCGAUAUCGCGUCUACCUGGGUAGAUAACUUCGCCAAAGCUCUUGCUUCGGGUGAAACCCACAGUACACUAUCGUGCAUCCUCCCCGACGGCUGGCUUCGCGAUAUCCUUGUGUUCACUUGGGCGAACCGCUCCCUGCAUGGACAUGAGAAGAUCUCGGCAUAUCUUAACAGCGAUGGCAAUAACAGAGUCGUUUUAGCACAGGUCUCUAAUGUAGCCCUGGAUACGAGAGAGUUCUUGACGCCAGAGUACGCGUCAGUGAGCGGGACGGUCAUGUCAGGAUUUACAUUCAGCACCUCUGUGGGAACAGGACGUGGAUAUGUGCAUCUCUUCCCUGACGCGCAAGGCGUGUGGAAGGCACUGUCCGUACUCAUGAUGCUUGAUGAGCUCUACGGGCAUCCCGAGGACGGUCCUGAGCUUGGAGUGUAUGGGGAGCAUACUUUAGCUUGGGAAGACGUUCACAAAGAACGUAAGGAAAGUAUCGAGGCGGAUCCUUACAUCUUGAUAAUUGGGGCUGGUCAGACAGGCUUGACACUCGCAGCCCGCUUCCGUCAAAUGAAUUUGCCUACCCUGGUUGUAGAAUCUAACCCACAUGUGGGCGAUAACUGGAGAGCUCGAUACCCGACUCUUACGCUACAUACUCCUCGGUCUCAUUUUCAGUUCCUGUAUCACCAAUAUCCGUCCAAUUGGCCGAUAUACGCCUCGCGUGACAAGGUCGCAAAUUGGCUGGAGCACUACGCUAUCAACCAGGACAUGCAUGUGUGGACAGGCUCUCGACCUACUGGUAUUCCCACCUAUGACCUUGAAACGAAGAAAUGGACCAUCGUCAUCGACCACGAGGGUACUACUACUAUUCUUCAUCCUACUCAUAUUGUCUGCGCGUCCGGAAUUCUUGGUGCUCCAAGGAUACCUGCCAUCGAAGAUAGGGAUGUGUUUCUUGGAACCGUCCUUCAUGCAGAGAAGUAUGGUGGUGGGAAAUCUUACAGCGGCAAACGAGUUAUCGUCGUAGGCGCGGGAAAUACUAGCGCUGAUAUAUGUCAGGACCUUAUCGUGCAGGGUGCCGAGUCCGUAACCAUGGUUCAGCGCUCAUCGACCUGUGUCGUCGCGAAGCAUCCUGGUUUUACCAACGCCCUGCAGAGCUUGUGGCCUGAGGAUGUCCCGUCUGAGAUAUCUGACUUCAAGUUCCUUUCCAUACCUCUACCGUUGCGAAUAAAGAUAGCCAGUGCUCAUGCUGAGGAGUUGGCGGAAGUUGAAAGCGAGAUGCAUGAAGGUCUAAGGAAGGCGGGUCUCGAUGUUAACAUGGGCAAGGAUGGGUCGGGCCAGUUCCCAAUGGUGUUCCAGAGAUUGGGGGGCUAUUGGAUUGACGUCGGCUGCGCAGAGCUUAUCAUUUCAGGGAGAGUGAAAGUCAAACAAGGUGUCGAGGUUCAGCGAUAUCUGAGUGAUGGCGUCGUUUUCACUGACGGUUCCAAGCUGGAAGCUGAUGUUGUGAUCUACGCGACUGGCUAUCAUAACAUCCGUGAUACCGUUAAGGAUGUGUUCGGCGAAGCUAUCAUGGAGCGUACAAGUCAAAUUUGGGGCCUUGACGAGGAAGGCGAAUUGAGAGGUUGUUUCAAACCUUCCGGUCAUCCAGGCCUCUGGUUUGGCGGCGGUGAUAUAAGUCUAUGUCGAUGUUUCUCUAAACGCAUGGCCCUCGAAAUGAAAGCUAUUCAACUUGGCUUGGUGGAUAAAUAGAAGACCAUACAUCCAGAAGAGAAAGAGAUGAAGAGGUUUGUGUCAUGGACCCGAUACUAUUUUCUUGAGACCCAUAGAGGAAACUGUCCAAACACCUGUUACUUCAAAACUGGCAAGGAAACAUGGUGACAAGAUUGAGUAAUGGAUAUAUAGAAUGUUAGAGCGUCGAUGGUGCUGGCGUAACCAGAAGACCGAUGUUAAAUACAGGGAAAUACCACAUUGAAGCCACAGUAAUGACUGGUUCUCAUAGUCGCCACCAACUGUCUAGGUCUCUUCUUCCGCUCUGGUCAGACCUGUAUCGGAUUUGAAGGCAAGGUAGACUUUGAGUUGUACCUUCAAGCGGGUGAAGGCCGCUUCGCGUAGUCUGUCCUUUAACACCUCGAAGGCUAGA